UCCAGCCUGGGUGACAGAGUGAGACCCUCUCAAAACAACAACAACAACAACAACAACAACAAAAACAGACUUAUCAGCAAUCCAUCAUAUAAUAGGAAUGGUGAAUUCAGGAUCAGGACUAAGCAGGUCAAUGGGGUGCAUUUAAGUCAACAAAAGGUGGCUUAGACUCCUAUGACACCUACCUCGGCUAUCAGCUAUAUCAACCCUUCUGUCUUAGCUCAGACCUACAGCCUAGUGGGUAGUUCUCUGUAACCAAUUGAUGAAGGGAAAAACAGCCCUGACUCACAGACGGAUUAGCUUUAGACACUGAUAGUAGUUUAAAAAAAAAAAAAAUUGUUCCUCUAACAUAGCUUCAUUUAGUGGGUAGCCCUAAAUAACUUUGAAGGGAAAUUCCCCCAGUGGGCUAAGCUGUAAGCAGUAUACCUAUUCAUUCAUUUUGUAUGGAGGACAAAACAAUUCCACAUAGAGGUUUACAUACACUUGUGAGCAAUGGCAAAUAGUUGAAUGGUAUCUGUUCAGCACUCACGUAUGUACAACCUGGAAGUGCAAGGAGUUGACCAAUGGAGACAGAACUAGGAAACAAAUACCUCCUCAUUCUAUAUGGCUCUUUAGAAGUCCCCCAGUGGGAUUAAACCUCAGUAACCCAUAGCAAUGGGGAUUGAGACAAGGCUGAGGGGAGGAAAAAGAGCAAGGCACUUGUCUCUGGUGCAAAUUUAAGGAGGCACCAAGAAAUUCAGUAACCAAGAUUAAUUAUACUUUAAUGCAAUAUUUUUUAAAAUAGAAAUUAAUGCAAAUACCCAUGAUGAACACAAUAUCAAAAUUUUAAGUAAAGACAGGCUCAGUAUUGCUAAUUUUCCCUUUAUUCUUAGGCUCCACUAGGGCUUCACACAGCACUCUUACUGAUCCUGGUCAUCACCAAUAGCCAUCUCAAUUUCAGUCUAUGUGGGCUUUACCUCCCUCCCUGUUCACUCUCCUCCCUAGUCCCUCGCUUCGUUUUAUGGUAUCACUACUCAAAAUAAACGACCUUAUGUAAGUUCUUGUCUCCAACUUUGCUCUAUUAUUUGGGGUAGAGUAGGGAGAUGAAACCCAAGCUAAGUAAGAUAAUGACCAUAAUAUAUCAUUUGAAGAAGGAUACUUGUGAAAAUACAGGAGGCUCUAUUAAUAAUUUCACUGGAUUAAUAGGCAUAAAUCAGAGCUGUCCUAGCACAUCAGGAUGUAUAGUCUUAUUACAGGUAGGAAACUGAGGUUCCAAGGAGGUGGGAAGUCCUCCUAAGAGGAGGGGUCAGAGUGGAAGCUACACAAAAAGAGGCAGAAAUGUCCCUCCGCCUCUUAAUCGGGGCCUGGAGAAACAAACAUACUUGUGCAAAAUCUCCGAGAGGUGAGCUCUUCACCCUGUCAGUUUUAUCUGCCUCGUGAACCCCAGGGCUCAGGCUCUCACACAACAGCAGACGGGCCUUAGGUCUGGGCACUGAGCAAAAAAAAAAAAAAAAAAAGGGGAGGCCGUGGUCCCUGCUUUGGUUACCCUGCUGGGUCUGAGCGCCAAAUCGGAUCUCCUCCUUCUCCUCCCUCCCUCCCUCUGUUCCUGGACUGGGGACAGGCCCUUCUGCAAACAAAAGCCUUCCAGUCGGAGAAAGCUCUGGCAGCCUGACAAGAUAAAGCGCCCUGGGGGCGUGAGGAGAGCAAGGGCUCAAAAUCAGAGCCCAGCGUGAUGACAGUGCCUCCAUGACUGUGCUCCCGCAAUGGGCAGGCUCCAUGUCCUGGCGCCCGCCCGCCCAUGGACCCGGCGAGGGCUUCCAGGCUGGGCUCAGCCAUUCCGCCGGCGUGCAGGGGAGGAAACUCGCCUCCCGGGCACUCGGUUUUCUCCUGCCCCCGCCCUCCCUCCGGUCCGGGCCCAUCUCUGACGUAGUGUGACCUUGCUCAUCCCUUCCAGGCUGUGGGCCUGUUUUCCCUGUGCAAGGCGAGGGUCCUGGCUGUCCGGGCGCCGCCAGGGUUGACCGAAUUGAGCUCUCCUAGGACUCGUGGGAAAUGAGCUCCCUGUCGGCGUGUGCCAGCUGCCUGCGCCGGGCGCCACAGAACAGGGCGCGUUCCUGCAGCUCCGCCGCCAGCAGAAGUUUCCCGGGAACCGACUCCACCGACUCGCCCCUCCGCGCCCCCCGCGUGGCCGCCUAAGCUCAGCCUCCAGAUUAGAGGAGACCGCGGAGGGAACCCUGCCGGAGUCUGGGCCCAGGGUGACGCGACCCCAGCAGGUUGAGGGCCGACCUCUCCGAGACCUUGCUCUCCGGCCUCGGCUCCUCGCUUGCGCCCGCCCUCCCACGUGGGGCCCAGGUCUGGGAAUCAGCGCUCCGGGGUGGCUGGGGACAACCGAGAGCGAGCUUCUCACCCGGCACGCGGGCGCAAUGGCUGAGCCCAGCGUGGAAGCCCCCGUCAGGUCCUUGAGGGCGGGCGGGCGCGCAGAGCACUGGGCGGAGACAACCGGGAGUCCAGCCCCUUCCCAGUGCCCUCCCCUUCCCAGCGCCAGGCCAGGGAUGGGGGUGUGGUCCCAAGUGUACAGUGGCAUCAAGCUCCGCUCCCGGAACGCUCCAGCGCCCUCAGCCUGUUUCCCAGGACCGGUCCCCGGCUGCGCACCCCAAUUUCCAACAGCCUGUCUGUCCCCGGGAACGUUCUGACAUCCUUGGGGAGCCCCCAGCUACGCGACACUGUCCCGAGAACGCUCUCAUCACCCGUAGUUGCAAAUUUCGGAGCGGCAGUGGGAAGCAUGCGGGACUACGACGAGGCGAUCGCCUUCCUGGGCGAGUGGGGACCCUUCCAGCGGCUCAUCUUCUUCCUGCUCAGCGCCAGCAUCAUCCCCAAUGGCUUCAAUGGUAUGUCAGUCGUGUUCCUGGCGGGGACCCCAGAGCACCGCUGCCGGGUGCCUGACGCCGCGAACCUGAGCAGCGCCUGGCGCAACAACAGUGUCCCGCUGCGGCUGCGGGACGGCCGCGAGGUGCUCCACAGCUGCCGCCGCUACCGGCUCGCCACCAUCGCCAACUUCUCGGCGCUCGGGCUAGAGCCGGGGCGCGACGUGGACCUGGGACAGCUGGAGCAGGAGAGCUGCCUGGAUGGCUGGGAGUUCAGCCAAGACGUCUACUGGUCCACCGUCGUGACUGAGUGGAAUCUGGUGUGUGAGGACAACUGGAAGGUGCCCCUCACCACCUCCCUGUUCUUCGUAGGAGUGCUCCUCGGCUCCUUCGUUUCCGGGCAACUGUCAGACAGGUUUGGCAGGAAGAACGUUCUCUUCGCAACCAUGGCUGUACAGACUGGCUUCAGCUUCCUGCAGAUUUUCUCCAACAGCUGGGAGAUGUUCACUGUGUUAUUUCUCAUCGUGGGCAUGGGCCAGAUCUCCAACUAUGUGGUAGCCUUCAUACUAGGAACAGAAAUUCUUGGCAAGUCAGUUCGUAUUAUAUUCUCUACAUUAGGAGUGUGCACAUUUUUUGCAGUUGGCUAUAUGCUGCUGCCACUGUUUGCUUACUUCAUCAGAGACUGGCGGAUGCUGCUGCUGGCGCUGACGGUGCCGGGAGUGCUGUGCGUCCCGCUGUGGUGGUUCAUUCCUGAAUCUCCCCGAUGGCUGAUAUCCCAGAGAAGAUUUAGAGAGGCUGAAGAUAUCAUCCAAAAAGCUGCAAAAAUGAACAACAUAGCUGUACCAGCAGUGAUAUUUGAUUCUGUGGAGGAGCUAAAUCCCCUGAAGCAGCAGAAAGCUUUCAUUCUGGACCUAUUCAGAACUUGGAAUAUUGCCAUAAUGACCAUUAUGUCUUUGCUGCUAUGGAUGCUGACCUCAGUGGGUUACUUUGCUCUGUCUCUGGAUACUCCUAAUUUACAUGGAGAUGCCUACCUGAACUGUUUCCUCUCUGCUUUGAUUGAAAUUCCAGCUUACAUUACAGCCUGGCUGCUAUUGCGAACCCUGCCCAGGCGUUAUAUCAUAGCUGCAGUACUGUUCUGGGGAGGAGGUGUGCUUCUCUUCAUUCAACUGGUACCUGUGGAUUAUUACUUCUUAUCCAUUGGUCUGGUCAUGCUGGGAAAAUUUGGAAUCACCUCUGCUUUCUCCAUGCUGUAUGUCUUCACUGCUGAGCUCUACCCAACCCUGGUCAGGAACAUGGCAGUGGGGGUCACAUCCAUGGCCUCCAGAGUGGGCAGCAUCAUUGCCCCCUACUUUGUUUACCUCGGUGCUUACAACAGAAUGCUGCCCUACAUCGUCAUGGGUAGUCUGACUGUCCUGAUUGGAAUUCUCACCCUUUUUUUCCCUGAAAGUUUAGGAAUGACUCUUCCCGAAACCUUAGAGCAGAUGCAGAAAGUGAAAUGGUUCAGAUCUGGGAAAAAAACAAGAGACUCAAUGGAGACAGAAGAAAAUCCCAAGGUUCUAAUAACUGCAUUCUGAAAAAAUAUCUCCCCCAUUUGGUGAAGUGAAAAACAGAUAAAUAAGACUCUGUGGAGAAAUCCGUUGUUCCCGCUGAAAUGGACUGACUGUAAUGAUUGACACUAAAAUGAACCUUGCUAUCAAGAAAUGCUCAUCAUACAGUAAACUCUGGAGAAUUCUUCCAGAUAAUGUCCUUGCUUUGCAAACCAACCAUUUCUAGAGAGUCUCCUUACUCAUUAAUUCGAUGAAAUGGAUUGGUAAGAGGUCUUGAAAACAUGUUAGUCAAGGACUGGUAAAAUACAUAUAAAGAUUAACCCUCGUUUCCAAUUAUACAAAUACUAUCCAAAUAAAAAUAACAUCAUUUUAUUAAUGCAAAUAUUAGGUGACAACAA